CGCAGACAGCCAACAGCCUGAGCUUCCAUCUCUCAUCAUCCCCAUCAGCCUACACCAUCCGCUUCGAAGCUCCCUUAUUCACCUUGAACAGCCCUCUCAUUCUGUCUUGUCGGACCCCUGACUUCGAUCUACCUCCGGCUUCUAAUUUAUUCCUAUUUCUGCUCCGCCAUGCCUGCCACCACGGCGGACACGCUCUCGCUCGUCACGCGGACCGUCACCGUUGCUCCAUUGGUACUUCUCUCCGUCGCAGAUCACUAUGGACGUUCCGCCAAAGGUACCCGGAAGCGGGUGGUUGGUGUGCUGCUAGGAGAACACAUGGGAGGGAAUGUUCGGGUAUCAAACAGUUUCGCUGUCCCCUUCGAGGAAGAUGAGAAAGACCCAUCUGUGUGGUUCUUAGAUCACAACUUUGUCGAGUCAAUGCGAGACAUGUUCAAGAAGAUCAACGCCCGCGAGAAGCUGAUCGGAUGGUAUCACUCUGGGCCGAAACUACGAGCUUCCGAUCUCGAAAUCAACGAGCUGUUCAAACGUUACACGCCAAACCCCCUGCUAGUUAUUGUUGAUGUGCAACCGAAGGAGGUUGGAGUUCCUACUGAUGCGUAUUUUGCGGUGGAUGAGAUCAAAGAUGACGGCACCACUACCUCCAGGACCUUCGUGCAUACCCCAUCCACAAUCGAGGCGGAAGAAGCAGAGGAAAUUGGCGUGGAGCACCUCCUGCGAGACAUUAGAGAUGUCGCUGUCGGAACGCUCUCCACCCGCAUCACAUCGCAGCUACAGUCCCUGCAAGGUCUGCACCUCCGCCUGCGUGAUAUCGGCCAAUACCUCCAAAAAGUCCUCGACCACGAACUACCAGUAAACCACGCCAUUCUUGGCAACCUCCAGGAUGUCUUCAACCUCCUUCCCAACCUAUCCACACCGGCGACGACGCCCCGCGCCGGCGGUGAGCCAGAACAACCAACAGAUAACGCCGAGCUAGCCCGCGCCAUGAGCAUUAAGACGAACGACCAGCUGAUGGCCAUCUACCUGAGCAGUUUGGUGCGUGCUGUCACCGCAUACCACGACUUGAUCGAGAACAAGAUCCAGAACCGGCAACAGCAGGAGGAAAACGAGCAGAAGAGGGAGCAAGAGGCCAAUGCCGCGAAAAACGAGAAGGAGGGUGCAAAGAAGGCCAAUGGCACUGCAACUGAGCAGAAAGAAGAGGAGUCCAAGGAGAAGACGAAGAAGCGAUAGACAGGCACCAAGUGAAUAUGACAUGAUCUAGAUGGGUGCAUCGAAAUGUACACUAUGAUUAUUUCAAAGCUAAAGUCUUAAUAUUCACGGUUGCCAACAACGUAUCUUAGCUGCAUUGUUAAGGCUCGUAGGUUUAACGGAUAGUCCACCAACCCCGGUAAAAAAAUAUCGAUCU